CAUAGAGUGGGUAUAUAGGAGGAAUGUACACCGCUUGGUCAUAUACAUACACCAAUACGUGCAGUACCCAACCUCUCAUAAUGACAUAUUAUGUCCAUUUUACCAUAACCAAUUUUACGGUGGGUAAAUAAAAUAAUUUUACACUCCCAAAACUUUUGUUCUAUAUGCACCUAUGUUGGUAUUAAAAAAUAAUAAAUUUUAGAAUUUAAGGAAGCAUUUAUGUUGUUUAAUAAGGACCAUGAUGGAAAAAUAACAGAGGCCGAAUUAGGUGUCGUAAUGAGAUCCUUAGGGCAGAGACCAACUCAAUCUGACUUACGAGGGAUGGUUAAUGAAGUUGAUCAAGAUGGUAAUGGAAGUAUUGAAUUUAAUGAAUUUCUUCUUAUGAUGGCUCGGAAAUUAAAGGUAUCAGACGGUGAAGAAGAAAUGCAUCACGCAUUUAAUGUAUUUGAUAAAAAUGGUGACGGUUUUAUAACAUUUGUUGAGUUGAAACGUGUCAUGUUUAGUAUUGGAGAACGGCUUACUGAUGAAGAAAUUGAAGAUAUGAUUAAAGAAGCGGAUUUAAAUGGAGAUAAAAAAAUUGAUUACAAUGAAUUCAUAACCAUAAUAACAUCGAAAAAGUAAAAUGUGACAUAUGAACAAUAUAUUUCAUUUCGCUUAUGACUACUUAAUAUUAAGACGUUAAUAAAAAUGUUCUAAUUUAUUUUAUUAUCUGUAUAUUUCAAUAAUUCUUAGAAUUACUUUGAGAAAAUUUCUCAGCUGAUAAAUCCCAUCUUUGAACCCAUAAAAAUUUUUUUGGCAAAAAUGUCUAACCUUAGAAACAAUUACGUAAGUAUAUGGAAGGGUAUAAAGAAGCAUAUUAUGUUGUAAUAUAUGGGAUUUUCACAAUCACUAUAAUAUUGAAAGUAAAAUAAAAAUUCAUCUUAAGAAGAUCAUAAGAAAAUUAAUAUAGAGCUCUCUAAAAUAAAUUCUUCGUAGGUCACAAAUUUAUAUAUAAUUUACAAAUAAAUAUAGUUAACUAUUUUUUAUAGUUGGUUCGACCAUAUGAAUAUUAUUCCUAGUUAAAUAGUUGUUUUGUCUCUAUAUUAAUCAUAACUUUUUAUUUGAAUAACUAUAUAGUUUUUUUACGUGUUUAAGUAGAUUUUUAAAUGUUUUUUUUUUAAACAUUAUAGGUAUAUAUUAUAUGUAAAUAAGUAAAAUAAUAAAUUCUUUUCAAACAUA